AUGUCGGCCCUUUUACCUGAAAAACCGGCCGCAGCCUUGCCGCAGUCGGCAAGAGCGAUUGCUCUUCUUCUUGCAUCGACACCCUCCGUCGUAGACGCUCCACCCCGCGUGCUGCAGAUGUUGAUGGAGUUUGCGCACCGUUACACGGUCCAAGUCCUCAUGGACGCGCAGGUGUUUGCAGAACACGCUGGUAGACCUGGUAGAAUCAUCAUGGACGAUGUCACGUUGGCUAUUCAGGGCAAAGUGGGCUUUGAAUUCGGCGGGCGCGUGCCCAAGGAGUAUUUGCUCGCAAUGGCAGCUUCAGUCAAUGAAGAGCCGCUUCCACCUGUCCAAGAGGCCUUUGGCAUUCGCCUUCCACCGCCCGAACAUUGUCUCGUGCAGCCCGACUUUGAUCUGAUACCCAAUGCGCCACCGGAAGAAGAUCCACUAUACGAAGAGAUUGAAGAAGAAGUCACUGACGACGAAGAGGAUAUUGCGGAAAACGACGAAGAGGACGAGGACGAUGUCGAGAUGCAGGAGGCGGCCACAAAUGGCGUGCGUGCAGAGAAUGGGAUGGAUAUCGAUGCGGACAAGGAAGGUUCAGACUUGUUUGACGGCGACGAGGAUGAAGGUGCAGCCAAGGACGUCAGGAGGCCCGUCAACGACGACGAUGAUUACGAUUGA